CCCCACCUGGGCCAAGGCAGGCGGAGGAUGGGAACACCCCUCUCGCAAUGUCCCUUGGCCGUCUCCUCCGCCGGGCCUCCUCCAAGGCCUCAGACCUGCUGGCACUCACCCCGGGCGGCGGCUGUGGCGGGCCCGCGUCCGGCCUGGACGGUGAGAUCGUCUAUUCCAAGAACAAUGUCUGCGUGCACCCCCCUGAGGGGCUGCAGGCCCUGGGGGAGCACCACCCAGGGUACCUGUGCCUGUACACGGAGAAGGAUGAGAUGUUGGGGACCACCCUCAUCCUCGCCUGGGUCCCCAAUUCCCGGAUCCAGAGGCAGGACGAAGAGGCGCUGCGCUACAUCACCCCUGAGAGCUCCCCAGUACGCAAGGCUCCCCGCGUCCGGCGCACCCAGAGCUCGGGGGUUCCCUGCCAGACCUCCCCCCUGGAGCCCAGGACAGCCCUGAUCCCCAAGGACGAAGACAUCCUGGUGGCCGGGAGCACCCGGGACGCCGCUCCCGGGAGCCUGUCCUCGGAGGACGGGGAGAAGCCGGCCACGGGGCUGGGCGAGGAUGGUGGCCACCCGGCCUCGCAGUGCCCCCUCAGCGACUCAGGCGCCCUUUCCACGGUCAGCUCGCAGGACGCGGCUGAGGAAGGCUCCCUGGCGCUGUCGGCCGGCGGCGUGAGCAGGGACAGCUCCUUCGACUCAGACUCGGACGCCUUCUCCUCGCCUUUCUGCCUGUCCCCCAUCAGCGCCGCGCUGGCCGAGAGCAGCAGCCCCCUGUUCUUGGAGAGCGGGGGCAGCUCCCCGUCCAGCGCUGACACCAGCCUGCGUUUUCUGGAGAGCAAUGGGCUGCCCCCUGCGCGCUGGGAGGAGUCUCGGGGCUGCGCCCAGGAACCCACCUGCGGCGUCUUCCGGGUGGACCUGGGCCACAUGCGUUCUCUGCGCCUCUUCUUCAGUGACGAGGCCUGCACCAGUGGCCAGUUGGUGGUGGCCAGCCGGGAGAGCCAGUACAAGGUCCUCCACUUCCACCAUGGCGGCCUGGACAAGCUGACAGACGUGUUCCAGCAGUGGAAGCACUGUACCGAGACACACCUCAAGGAUCAGGUGUCGGACGAGAAGACCCGCAUGCAGUUCUCCAUCCGACGGCCCAAGCUGCCCUCGUCUGAGACCCACCCGGAGGAGAGCACGCACAGGGGCCUGGACGUGGUCACCUGGCUCAGUCACCUGAACGAGCUGGGCCAGGUGGAGGAGGAGUACAAGCUGCGCAAGGCCAUUUUCUUUGGCGGCAUUGAUGGGUCCAUCCGAGGGGAAGUCUGGCCCUUCCUACUGCGCUACUACAGCCCCCAGUCCACGUCCGCAGAGCGUGAGGCCCUGCGGGCCCAGCGGCGCAGGGACUACCUGGACAUCCAACAGAGACGGCUGUCCAUGGCGCCCGAGGCCCACCAGGAGUUCUGGCGCCGAGUGCAAUUCACCGUGGACAAGGACGUGGUGCGCACCGACCGCAGCAACCACUUCUUCCGAGGGGAGGGCAACCCCAACGUGGAGAGCAUGAGGAGGAUCCUGCUGAACUACGCCGUGUACAACCCGGCCAUCGGGUACUCACAGGGCAUGUCGGACCUGGUGGCGCCGGUGCUGGCCGAGGUCCUGGACGAGUCGGAUGCCUUCUGGUGCUUCGUCGGGCUGAUGCAGAAUACCAUCUUUGUCAGCUCCCCCCGGGAUGAGGACAUGGAGAAGCAGCUGUUCUACCUGCGGGAGUUGCUCCGCCUGACCCACCUGGGCUUCUACCAGCACCUGGUGUCCCUGGGCGAGGACGGCCUACAGAUGCUGUUCUGCCACCGCUGGCUGCUGCUCUGCUUCAAGCGCGAGUUCCCAGAGGCUGAGGCCCUGCGGAUCUGGGAGGCCUGCUGGGCCCACUACCAGACGGACUACUUCCACCUCUUCGUCUGUGUGGCCAUCGUGGCCAUCUAUGGAGACGACGUCAUCGAGCAGCGGCUGGCCACUGACCAGAUGCUCCUGCACUUUGGGAACCUGGCCAUGCACAUGAAUGGAGAGCUGGUCCUCCGAAAGGCCAGGAGCCUGCUGUACCAGUUCCGUCUCUUGCCCCGCAUCCCGUGCAGCCUUCAUGACUUGUGCAAGCUGUGUGGGCCGGGCAUGUGGGACAGCGGCUACAUCCCCGCCGUGGAGUGCUCCGGCCACCACCCGGACUCCGACAGCUGCCCCUACGGUGGCCUGGUGGAGACCCCUCUGCCCCAGCCUCCCCGGGAAGGCAGGAAGGGCCCCAAGAUGCCCCGUGAAAGCUUUGUCUUCCGAAGAUAAGACGUGGGUGGGGGGACCCAAGUGACGGUCUGGCAUGUGGGAGGGGUGGGGGGCAGAAAGGGGAGCUUGCGUGUGGACUGCGAGAUCAGAGCUGGACGUGACAGAGCAGGACGCUCACCUGCCUGAGAGCGGCUGGACCGGAGCGAGGCCUACCCAGCCGUUGGGGCUCCAGGCUGGGUUCCCGCAUCACUGGCUCUGAUGGAUGUCAGUGUGCCCCACCAUGAGCACCCAAGGGACCAUGGGCUGCAGGGCAAGAGGACAGCUCACCCACCAGCACCUUCUGAGGCGGGAGAGUCGGAACCACUCCCGCCCCAAGGUCCACCUUGGAAGCAGUAGGCUGUGGUCUGCAUGGGAGAGUGGGGUGAGGCCUGCCCUCCCUGCUGCCCAGGCCACGCCUCCCACAUCUGCCAUGCGGAGGAGCCACCGGUCAGGCCGCAGACUGUGGGAGGUGUGUCUCUGUGUCUCCACAUGGGGGGUCCUCCAAAUACAGCAACCAGCCUGGA